AGGAGGCUCACCCUGGCCGUGGGGUGGAGGCUCUGCAGCACCCAAGCCAGAAUUACGGUCCAGCAAGGCGAUGGCAGUAGCUGAGGUGAGGGGAAAGAGGAUGGAAAGAUUCCAGAGAUCUAGAGGCCACCUGGAGCUCCUGCCGGCGCUCACACGAUGACAGUUUGCAGCCCAGCAGCGGGCAGCCACAGCCAGACCGAACCCCCGAGCUGCAGAUCGGCUGACAAGGCCAAGGUGGAAGUUCCAAGGACUGGGAAAGCCCCUCGAAGGCAGCCACUUGGGUCUGAUCCAGACCGACCCUUCAGCAGGAGCCCCCUGGAGAGCCUCCACAACCUCAUGCUGGAGGCCCGAGUGGACAUGUUCAGCUCAAACGUGAUCAUCAGCGGUCCUGCUGCAGACCUCAGUGCUAAAGAGGGCGGCAGGAGGAGGCAGCUCGAGGUCCAGACCCCUGGCCCGUCCACUCAAGCCAGAGGCCGGCCCCAGCCCCUGAGCAUAAAGGAUAAGAUAUCCGAGUGGGAAGGCAAGAGGGAGCCACCCGUUCCCGCACCUGCCAGGAAAGUCGAUGGGCCAGAGGACUGCCUGCCACCCUGUGGGGUGGAGAGGAAGGGCAGCGAGGCCACAAGAACUAGGAAUGGAUUGAGGCCUGAAACAGAGAGCUUGGAGAAUGACAUCAGUAGGACAGCCCGAGCCGGGGAUCAGGGAGCGGGGCCUCAGCCCGACCUGAGCCGGGCUGCUGGGCCACCGGAGCCUGGCCAGCGCCGAGGCCAUGAGCCGAAGCCCAGCAAGCCGCGCUGUCAGAGUGACCACCUCUCGGUGCUGAAGCAGGUCAAGAGGCUGGAGCAGGCCUUGAAGGACGGGUCAGCGGGCUUGGAUCCCCAAUUGCCGGGGACUUGCUACUCUCCCCACUGCCUGCCCGACAAGCCCCAGGGGAGCUCCCCCAUCCCCGAGGGCCACGGGGGCAGUUCCGAGGCCGCCUGGAGAAGCCGCCCCUUGGACUUGGAGGGCAGAGAGCCAGGCCUCGGGGCUGCGGAGGAGGGGCAAGGCCUGGAGAACGUGUACAGGGGCUUCGAGGGGUCCCCCACCAAGCCCUUCGUUAACCCUUUGCCCAAGCCCCGGAGAACGUUCAAACAUGCCGGAGAAGUGGGCAAGGAUGGGCACCCAGGCAGCAGCUUCAGGAAAGAGAAAAGAAACCUGCCGCCCCUGCCCGCCCUGCCACCCCCGCCCCCGCCCCUGCCCUCCUCCCCGCCUCCCACUUCUGUGAACAGAAGACUGUGGACCGGGAGGCAGAGAGCCAGCGCUGACCACAGGAAGUCCUAUGAGUUUGAAGACUUACUGCAGUCUUCCUCCGAGAACAACAGGGUGGAUUGGUAUGCGCAGACCAGGCUGGGGCUCACACGCACUUUAUCAGAGGAGAACGUCUAUGAAGACAUUCUAGAUCCGCCAGUGAAGGAAAACCCUUAUGAGGACAUCGAGUUACAUGGCCGCUGCUUGGGCAAGAAGUGUGCCUUGACCUUUCCUGGGUCCCCCACCUCUUCCAUCCCUGACACCCCCUCCAAGCAAUCCUUGUCUAAACCUGCAUUUUUCCGGCAAAAUUCAGAUAGGAGGAACUUCAAAGUGCUGGAUGCCAGGAAGCUGAGUCGGGAUGGAACUGGGUCCCCUUCCAAAACCAGCCCCCCCUCUACACCCAGCAGCCCUGAUGACACUUUCUUUAACCUUGGAGACCUGCAGAAUGGCAGGAGGAAGAAAAAGAUCCCCAAGCUAGUGUUACGAAUCAAUGCCAUUUAUGAGGCCCGGAGAGGGAAGAAACGGAUGAAGAGGCUGUCCCAGUCCACUGAGAGCAACUCAGGGAAAGUGACAGACGAAAACAGCGAGUCUGACAGUGACACUGAGGAGAAGCUGAAAGCUCACAGCCGGCGCUUGGUUAACGUGAAGUCACGUUUGAAGCAGGCCCCUCGUUACUCACCGCUUGAUCGGGAGCUCACCGAGUACCAGGAGAGGCAGCUCUUUGAAUACUUUGUGGUCGUAUCUCUGCACAGGAAGCAGGCUGGGGCUGCCUACGUACCAGAACUCACCCAGCAGUUCCCUCUCAAGUUGGAAAGGUCUUUCAAGUUCAUGAGGGAAGCUGAGGACCAGCUGAAGGCUAUUCCUCAGUUCUGCUUCCCUGAUGCCAAGGAUUGGGCUCCCGUCCAGCAGUUUACCAGUGAAACUUUCUCCUUCGUACUGACUGGCGAAGACGGGAGCAGAAGGUUCGGUUAUUGUAGAAGAUUGCUGCCUGGAGGCAAAGGGAAGCGUCUCCCCGAAGUCUACUGCAUUGUGAGUCGCCUGGGAUGCUUCAGCCUCUUCUCCAAGAUCUUGGAUGAGGUGGAAAAAAGACGAGGCAUCUCUCCAGCCUUGGUGCAGCCCCUCAUGAGGAGUGUCAUGGAAGCUCCAUUCCCAGCCCUGGGCAAAACCAUCAUUGUCAAGAACUUCCUGCCAGGCUCAGGGACUGAGGUGAUCGAGCUGUGUCGCCCGCUAGACUCCCGGCUCGAACACGUGGACUUUGAGUCUCUCUUCUCCUCCCUCAGCGUCCGCCACUUGCUCUGUGUCUUUGCCUCCCUGCUUCUGGAAAGAAGGGUUAUCUUCAUUGCCGACAAACUCAGCACCCUGUCCAAGUGCUGCCAUGCCAUGGUGGCCCUCAUCUACCCCUUCACCUGGCAGCACACCUACAUCCCGGUGCUGCCACCGGCCAUGAUCGACAUCGUAUGCUCGCCCACGCCCUUCCUCAUCGGGCUGCUCUCCAGCUCACUGCCGCUGCUGCGGGAGCUGCCCCUCGAAGAGGUCCUGGUGGUUGACCUCAUCAACAAUCGGUUCCUCAGACAGAUGGAAGAUGAAGAUUCCAUCCUGCCCCGGAAGCUUCAGGUGGCCCUGGAACAUAUUCUGGAGCAGAGGAAUGAGCUGGCCUGUGACCCGGACGGAGGGCCCCUGGAAUGUAUGCACGGCCCCGAGUGCAGCCCCUUGAAUGAGGUGGUGUCCGAAGCCUUUGUCCGCUUCUUCGUGGAGAUUGUGGGCCACUACUCCUUGUUCCUGACGUCGGGCGAGGAGAGGAGCCUGCAGAGAGAGGCCUUCCGCAAAGCCGUCUCUUCCAAGAGCCUGCGGCGCUUCCUGGAGGUGUUCAUGGAGACGCAGACGUUCCGCGGGUUCAUCCAGGAGCGGGAGCUGCGCCGCCAGGAUGCUAAGGGUCUGUUUGAGGUCCGAGCUCAAGAGUACCUGGAGACCCUCCCCAGCGGAGAACACAGCGGCGUGAAUAAGUUCCUCAAGGGACUGGGCAAUAAAAUGAAGUUUCUCCACAAGAAAUAACCCUCACCUGGGCCUCAAGAGAAAACUUCCUCCUAGGGAGACCACAGGUUUUUUAACACGAUGUGGCCUUCUGCGAAGCCGUGGGGCCUGGGCUAUGUCCCCAAGGCUGAGACACGGGCCAGGAUGGAUGCCAGCUGCCCAACUUUUCUCUGCAGAGGCUGGAGCAGACCAGCCAACAUUCAAACCGCUAUUACCGUGGUUGUCUCUGCCAUUGGACUUUGUACAAUCUUAAAUAUUAAAACAAGAAAGAAAGAAAAGUU